AUGUUAUAUCAUGAGAUUCCAUCAUGGCAGCAGGAUAAUGAAUUCCUACUGUCUGGAUAUCGCGAUCUGUAUAUGCAUAACGAGACUGUCAAUAUUGUUUCACACACGCUUGGCUGUAUUACUUUCGCUACUAUCCCCUUCUUUCUCUAUUAUAUGUAUCAUCCUACGAGAUCGCGCUACUGCUUCGGAGUGGCCUUUUGUUUUGCGUGCUCCUCUAUUCGCAGCUGGGCCCGGGCCUGUAAUCGCCUCGAUUAUAUGGGUAUUGUGGUCCUCGUCUGGAGUGCUAAUGCACCCAUAGUUCGUUACGGACUAUCAGGUCUCCCGGACCUGCAGAGAUUCUACGGCUUAAUAGUAACUUGCUUUAUUAGCAGGUUCAUCUUUGGCCAUAACUUUGGCUUUUCUGCCUUUAGAAAGUGGCGUGUACUUGUCUACAGCAUAUCCGGCUUGGGCUCACUCGCAUCCCUGCUAUAUGGCCUUCAAAUUAAGGGCUGGGCCGUUCUGGGAAAUUAUCUGUCCCUUCGGUGGCUGGCUUGCACGACGUUGCUUAAUCUCAUGGCCGCAACUGUCUAUGCCUCAAGGAUCCCUGAGAGAUGGUUUCCAUAUAGGUUCGACCUUGUGGGAGCUAGCUAUCAGAUUUUCCAUCUCUUAGUUUUGAUAGCCACGUUCACACACCUAGCAGGCCUUCUUGCCGCUUCUCAACAUGCCGCCUUGUGA